GUGCGAGCACAGCAACGGUGUCAGCGAGUACCUGCCUUAACUUUUUCUAAAGCAGAAAGCUUAACAUUUGUUCAUUAAGUCUGUAUUUAUGUGGGUGGAAGAGGUGGACCGACAUUUUUUGGAGAGCCUACAGAACACAGGAUGCGAUGUUAUCUGCGUGCAUUGCUCCUGUGCACGGCGUUUACCUUUUUUUCAUCUCUCUACGUGUUCAAUCAUCUCGCAUCCACCCUGGGGGACACCCACGGCCGGGGAUUUAGCGAGUUGAGGACACCCAGCGGAGAGAGUCGUGAUAGGGCGAACCUUCUCAGGAAAAGCCCCGGAUUGACAGGCCGUCGAAUUCGCGAACCAAACAGGUGUAAAUCACUUUCAGUCUCUGACUGGAAUCUGUUUUGGAGAGUGCCUGCUGAUGUUUGUGGACUGAACUGCUAUUUGGAGUCAUCCUUUAGAGACGGGAUAAACUCUGAAGUGGAGGAUUAUGGCAAUGAAGGCAGUCACCUGGCUGUGGUGGCCUGCGGCCCCAGGCUGAAUGAGACCCUCAACAUGCUCAAGUCUGCCAUCCUUCUCAGCAGAAAGCCUCUAAAGUUUCACAUAUUUGCCGAUGACGAGCUUCAGGGCAGCUUCCAAAAUGCGCUGAACUCCUGGCCGAGGUCUGUUCAGACCAAAUUUAACUUCACCAUCUACCCGAUCACUUUCCCCAGUGGGAAUGAAAAAGAGUGGAAGAAGCUCUUCAAACCAUGCGCCUCUCAAAGGCUCUUUUUACCACUGAUCCUGAAGGAGGUAGACUCUUUGCUGUAUGUGGACACAGAUAUUCUCUUUCUACGGCCUGUGGAAGACAUCUGGGCCUUCUUCUCUAAAUUCAAUGCAAGCCAACUCGCUGCCAUGGCCCCAGAGCAUGAGGAGCCACGUAUCGGCUGGUACAACCGCUUUGCCCGCCAUCCUUAUUAUGGCAGCACCGGCGUCAACUCAGGAGUCAUGCUCAUGAACAUGACACGCCUCAGGAAGACUUUUUUUAAGAAUGAUAUGACUUCAGUGGCGCUGCAAUGGAGUGAAAUACUCAUGCCCCUCCUUCAAAAAUAUAAACUUAACAUCACCUGGGGGGACCAGGACCUUCUCAACAUCAUAUUUCACCACAAUCCAGAUUGCCUCUACGUGUUUCCCUGUCAGUGGAACUACCGUCCAGACCACUGCGUCUAUGGUCUCAACUGUCAGCAAGCUGAGACAGAUGGCGUGUUCAUUCUCCAUGGUAGCAGGGGAGUUUACCAUAACGAAAAGCAGCCAGCGUUUAGAGCCGUGUAUGAGGCCAUCCAGCAGUACCCCUUUGGCGAGAACAUGGAGACCUCACUGCUUCAGCCACUGGAAGUGUCACUCCAGGCCACUACCCACUCUUACUGUGGACGGGUGAGCCACCUGUUGACUAAGCGGCUCAAACAAAGUAUUGCAUCUGUUCAACAGGAGAUCACAAGGGGAAGAUGAGUGUUUUAUAUGAGUGUUUGGAAUUACAAAGUCAAUCGUGGCAGUUUGGGCAAGCUCAAUACACUUUGGCUAGGUUAAUACUACAGGUCUUAAUGCACAAAUCCGAUUUUUUGCCAUAUCUGUUUUUUUGGCAUGCCCGCUCAGACUGCCUUUGUCCAUUGAGACUGUUCAAGUAUCACGCAUGCGCACUAAUUCGCAGUCCGAGAUGCGCUCAGCAAAGAGACCCGCGUGCGCAGAAGCAUCAAAACAAAUUACACAUGCUAGCUGGAUGUCAUUCCAGAGUGAUCAUAUUUUGAUUUCCAAAAAGAGGACACAAAUAACAGACAUUAAUAAUCCCCGUUUAGUCUUAUUUUCAAAGUUUAUAUGGACUGAUAGAACGCACACACGAGCGUUGACGUGUGUGCGUGAAAUGACGUGGGUGUGUCAGUUUGCCCCGACUUGGCCAUGUGUGCAAUAAUGAAAUAUUGCUCAUUCGGCGCACGGAAUGAAAAUUGAAAAUUGUAAGGCGUAUUCUUUUCUUCGUUUUAUUUUUUUAUGCCUGUGGUCAAGCCCGCUUUGUGCUUAAAAGCAAAGUUCAAGCUAGGUGCUAAUGCCUACAUGGCUGCCGUCCUCCGUGGCUCUUGCUCUUUGCUGACGUAAUUGUUGCAUGAAUUCCGAUUUGGAAGUCUCGACAGUUCAGACCACCAGUCAUGUUCUGGAAAAAUGUGGCCCAGAUCGGAUUUGAACCACAUACGAAAGUGACUCAGAUCGGAUUUGAAAUGGUCCACUUCUAUGCAACUUGUCCCGUUCAGACCGUCAACUUAAUGCUUGACUCGAGUCGGAAAAACACGAAAAAAAAUCGGAUUCAUGCAUUAAGACCUGUAGUAUGAACCUAGCCUUUUUGUCCUCAGGCACGUUUUAGAAGAGGUGUGAAAUGCACAAACACAUCUUUUUGUGACGUGCCAUACAAUUACUGAAGUUUUACAGAAGUGCUAGAUAUCUGUCAGCAAAGUUGCAGGACAGUGUUGUAUAAUGAAGCAAUGACGGGGAGAACAAGCAAACCCCGCACCAAAAUGCCUGAGCUGAGAUUCAAAAUGUGCUAACUACAUUCUUCACUCUUCAGUGUGCCCACCCAGAAUUCGACAAGUAAAAAAAAAAUGGUAUGGUACCGAAAUGUAACAUGAUAUAAAUCUAACUGAAGAAAGUGAACUUGUAGGAAGCAUUGUUUUGCGCACAAAACAAACAAAAGGAAGGAAUUUAUUUUCUAUGAGGAUACUUUUCCGUAGUGGUAAUACUUUAAAAUACUACAGUCUAUGGAAGAGGCACUCCAAUUGCUUUUUUUUUUCCACGGGCGAGAGAAAACUAAACAAACUCCAGCAUCUGCACAGUUAAUUAUAAUAUAAAUGGUGGUGGCUCCAUUUUUAGUUCAUUUCGUGAUUUUGCUUUUCUUUCAAAAGCAAAUUAAUGGAAUGUCACGUAGCAGAGAACAUAAUAUAAUGAUAUAUUUUUGAACAGUCAGGACGGUACAGGAUUCCUUGGUUUAUGAUGGUACAGACAUACGACAUUUGGCAAAUGGCUCGUGGUAACACAGCCCUUGAAGUCAUGCAUAGUUACCACUGUACUGUUUUAUAUUAGUUUUUUUGUAGGGUUUUUGAUAGAAAUAUUUACAGCAAUUAAGACUUAACUACUGUAUUAACUUUGUAUACUGCGCAAUACGACUUUAAAAAUUGUUUAUCCCACAAGAGUGAAACUCGUAAACUGAGGACACCCUGUUUAUCAUCAUGAAUUAGUGCCGAGAACACUACUUUGAUGUUACUUAAUGCAUUGCUUCUGCAGUUAAAUAUUUUAUGACAGUGAUUUGUUUGACAGGGAAACCGAUUCUUUUGCCUUGAUUCCAAUUUUUGCACAAAUCAAAUCGCUGCUGUAUACAUGAAAUCCUGAAGUUGGAAAUGGACCCCCUGGAUAUGUAGGAGAAUUGCAAACAGCAUCAGUAUAUAGCAAUAUCCAUAUUUAGUCCACUUCCUAGUCUGUAAUGAGUUAUUUAGUGCCUCUCUAUGGAAAUGAAGAACAGAAACAAGAUAGUGUCAAGCAGUCUAAUGAUGCGUUUCCUUUAAUCCAUGCAUCCUUUUGAGCUGUUUAAGAGGUCCUGCAGUGUUUUUGAAAGAUUUUUCCUUUAAGAACAUCUGGUAUCCACGGCCCAAUAAGUUGGAUGACAAACGGGCUCAAGCCUACUGAAUUAUUAUCUGUUUACAACUUUUCUCCUGUUUAAAUUGGGCUGGUAGUCACGCACAACUCGCUUAAUUUUUUAUGUGUUUUCAACUGCUGGUUCAUAUGAAACACCACUAUCACUCCCGUGUUUUUUACUCCACACUAUAUAACAUAGAAAGUUUACUUUGCCGCUGCAGUAAUGAAUAAUUUUGCAGCAAAACGGCUACUUUUGAAACAUUCAGGUUGCUUUUAAGAAAGAUAUAUAAUCCCAUAAACGCCAUAGUAAUCACUUCCAACAGUUAGCCUAAGGUUUUCAGAAAAUCAGUAGGGCAAACAGUUCAAUUUUAGUUCAAAUUAGGAGCAACUGUUUAUCAAUUAACUUUUUUAAGUCUCUGUGUUGUAAAUAGAAGACAAUGAAUGUUCUGAACACAACCUUUUUGUUAUGUAACCAUGUCUUGAAAUGUGUGUUGUCAGAAGAUUUUAGGGUGUGACAAAUCUCUAAACAGUUCUUUUAGCAACUGAUGCUAACAUUAAGCACAGUGUUCUGGCUGGUCCACCAGUAUUUCAGAGCACAUGUAGGCAAAUGUACCCAAAGUGUACAAAUUAUUUUGUAUUUGUAAGUUUUAGGACACACAAACAUUGUUUGAAACAUUAUUGUUCAAACGGAGAGUAUGUCCAGCGGUACUGAGUAGCUUUAAUGUAGCGUGAAAAGAUGAAAAAAAAAUACCAGGAUGUAUUUGGUUUUACAGUAUUCAAAAUUGAUGCCUUUGCUACUGGACUCUAUGCUGUUUAUUUUGAGGUGUAUUAUUCUCAAUGAUUAUGUUUUCCUCCUGAAGCCUACAUUUACAUUAUACUAGUAUUCACAGCAGCCCCAAACGUAGUGUUCAUUGGGAUUUUGGUAUUUUUUUCCUUAAUAUUAAAAUCUUGCUAGGUUUUCUCACUAUCACAGUGUCCGUGUUGGAAACUGAAUCUUGAAGGAUCAAAGGCACAAUAUGUUGCACUUGCAUCUAUGGUUUUCCAUGAAUACCAUUGUGUUCUCUUGGCCCGACACUGUCAUUGAAGGCAUCCAUCCAUCCAUCCAUCCAUCCAUCCAUCCAUCCAUCCAUCCAUCCAUCCAUCCAUCCAUCUUCUCCUGUUCAUCCAGUGAUGGGUCGCGGGGGCGGCAGCUUUCCUCUCCCCAGCCACUUCAUCCAGCUCUUCCAUGGGGAGUCCACAACAAUCCCAGGUCAGCCGGGAGACAUAGUCUCCCAGCGUGUCCUGGGUCAGCUCCACGGCCUCUCCAAAUGUGACAUGCCCCGAACACCUCACCAGGGAGGCAUCUAGGAGGCAUUUUAAUCAGAUGCAUGAGGCACCUCAUCUGGCUCCUCUCGAUGCCGAGCUCCUCCUUGAUGACUGAGCUUCUCACCCUAUCUCUCAGGAAAAGCCAAUAAAUCCUGCAGACGGAACUUAUAUUGGCUGCAUUUAUCCGAGAUCUUGUUUUUUCAGUCACGUCCCACAGCUUGAGGGAAUGGCUGAAAAGGGUGAGUAUGUAGAUCAACAGGUAAAUUGAGAGCUUUGCCUUUCAGCUCAGCUUCUUUACCACAAUGGGCUGAUACAGAGUCCGCACCACGGCAGACGGCACAGCAAUCGACUGGCCAAUCCCCCGCUCCAUUCUUUCUCCACUCGUGAACAAGACCCCGAGAUACUUAAACGAGUUCACUGGGGAAGGACAUCAUCCCUGACAGAGGGCAUUUCACCUUUUUACGACCAAAAACCAUGCUCUCAGAUUUAGAGGUGCUGAUUCAUAUCCCAACCGCUUUGCACUCGACUGCAAACCGCUCCAGCGAGAUUUGCAGAUCACGUCUUAAUGAAGCCAAGAGAACCACAUCUGCAAAAAGCAGACAUGCAAUACUGGAGCCACCAAACCAGACCCACUCAACGCCUCGGCUGUGCCUCAAUACUCGUCCCAUAAAAAUUAUGAACAGAAUCAGUGACAAACGACAGCUUUGGUGAAGGCCAGCCCUCACAGGAAACAAAUCCGAGUUACUGCCAGCAAUGCGGACCAAACUCCACCAACACUGUAUGAGGACUGUACAACACAUACAAAGACUAACCGCACAUACAGUAUGAGUGGGUCCGGUAACCCCUGUCCCGGAGCACCUUCUACAGAUCUCCCUGAAAAACGUGGUUGAACGCCUUCUCCAACAAACAAAUGUAGACUGUUUGGGCAAACUCCCAUGCUCCUUUGGGUACCCUGCUUAGUAUGUGGAGCUGGUCCACCGUUCCACAGCCAGGAUGACAAACCACACUGCUCCUUUGGAAUUCUUUCAAUUCAGAAUUCCUGCUCCUUCAACCUCCCGAUGGACCCUCCUCUCCAGUACCUCUGAAUAGACCUUACCAGGGAGAUUGAGGGGCAUGAUCCCCCUAUAGUUGGAGCACACCUUUUGGUCCCCCUUUUUAACCCCGGUCUGUCAAUCCAAAGGAACUGUCCCACAUGUCCAUGCGAUGUUGCAGAGGCAUGUCAACCAAGAAAACCCCACAACAUCUAGAGCCAUUAGGAACUCUGGGUGGAUUUCAUUCACCCUUAGGGCCUCACCGCCAAGGAGCUUUUUGACCACCUCAGUGACUUCAACCCCAGAGAUGGGAGAACCUGACUCAGAGUCCCCAGGCUCUGAUUCCUCAUUGGAAGGCGUGUCAGUGGUGUUGAGGAGGUCUUCGAAGUAUUAGGCCCACCGACACACAACAUACCGAGUCAAGGUCAGCAGCCCCCCCCACCCCCAAAUCUCCACUUUAUACAGUGUCUGCCUUCGCCUCCUGAUACAUCGGCUUAUGGACCAGAAUUUCCUGGAAGUCAUUCUCCAUGGCCUCACCAAACUCCUUCCAUAUUUGGGUUUUCUUCAUUGAAGUCAAAUAAAAUUAAACACAAGAGUUAGCUUUACAAGAGUUGUAGUCGGCAAAUGUGGGAUGUUUAUGUGAAGUAUGCCUCCUAACACACAAGGGGCUCCCUCCAUAAUGCUUUGCGUCCUGUUACGUACUGUCAGGGUUUGUUGAAUACACUCCGUCUUACUAGACAUUAUUUGUCACCUGCCCUGUGACUCCGGUGGCAUUAUUUUGUUUUUUAACUGCUUAAACAUCUCGUCAUGCAUCCAAUCGAUCUCAACCUUCCUCAUUUGCCCAUUACAUCCCUGCACAAUUUCUAACAAUCAUGCUGUGGCUGCUGGAACAUAGUGUAAAUGUAGCAUGAUCGCAAAGGAGCCUAUUUGUACACAAAUAUAUAUUUUUUGUGAUAAAAUGUUUGUUUUAUUGACAUACAAUAUUUGUUGCAUUUUUGUUGCCCCCAAUUAAAAUUAAAAUGUGACUAUUA